AUGACGUCGGAGACAUCAGAACCGCGAGAUGUCACGUUUCGAAAUUACACUACCGACCAAGCUUCCGAUUACGCUGCGGGACGACUUGGAUACACCGACGCUCUUAUCGGCUUCAUCCUGAACUAUCACAGAUCUACCAAUGGGGAGACUGGAUGUGUAUUGGAUGUUGGCUGUGGACCAGGGACUGCGACUCAAAAGCUAGCGCCGCAUUUUGAUCUAGCUUACGGCGUUGAUCCAGGAGAAAGCAUGAUAAAAACAGCUACUACCCUUGGUGGAAAGGCUCGCACCGGCGAUCCAAUUGCGUACCAUUUGAGCACGGCAGAAGAUAUUGACAAAAUUGAUGGCAUUCCUCAUUCCUCUGUCGAUAUGAUAACAGCUGCGACUGCGGCUCACUGGUUCGAUAUGCCGAGAUUCUGGGCUGCAGCAGCCAAAGUAUUGAAACCAGGAGGAACUGUGGCGAUAUGGACUGUUUUCAGACAACAGGGCUCAUUCAACAAUAACACCGAACUUCAAUCCAUCUUUAAUGAGUUUAUGGAUGCUCUUACCCCGUACUCAACCGCAGGUACUCACCUCACUCAAAACGGCUAUGUCGAUCUGCCUAUGCCUUGGAUUGAUCUCGAUACUUCCGAGUUUUACGAUCAGCAGGUGUCUGCCCGCCAUAUCCUCACUGCUGAAGAUGGCUUCGUUCCUAAUGCAGGUAGAAAGGAAAGUAAUCAGGGAAGACAUGAUGAGCCUGUGAAUAAGCAAGUCCAAAGGAUAGAGAGAUUAGUGGGAACAUUCGGUUCACUAAGUCGUUGGCAGAAAGAGAAUCGCGAUUUCGUGGGGACAGAAAAGGAUCCCGCUCGGAUCCUGAUGAGCAAGGUUCGCAAAGUGUUGGAACAGAGUGGAGAGCCAAUCGAGCUGACGGCUUUGGCGGCCAGGAUGGCUGUUGCACUGAUUUUGGUCAAGAGGAAGUGA